ACUUUGACAUUCUCGCUCUUGUAUGGAACGUAACCACGCUCGGUUCCGUGAAAGGACUUUGAAACGCAUCGCUGCUUUUGCUCCACUGGGCUCCGAAAGAAGGUUUCGAGGGCAAUUAGAGCAGAAUCGAUGAUGUGUUGAGGGACCCCAUGGCCUACAACGUUCAUGAAGCCUGGGUGUUGAGCCGCAGCGAGGACCUGAUCAACCACUGCAUCUCUGUCAGCUUGCGUUGCCCGAUUGACAUGCACAAAGCAGGAUAUGUCCACCAGAGGUACUUGGGCAAGCGGUGGCACAUUUGCAGAGGCAAGCCCCGCAUCAGCCUCAGCAAUCGCGCUAUUGAUUCGCUGCCACAUCUGACGGUGCCCAUCGUCCACAGGCUUUGGCGCAAACCCUGCAGCAUCCCCAAUUGCAGUCGCCAUAUUGCUCCUCCAGGAAAGGACCCAGAUGUCAAACGGCCCAGGCCAACGACUGGAUAGCGCCAAGACAGCUUGAGCCGACUGACU